AUGAGCUGGCUGGAGUUGCUUGGAGAAAAAUGUAUUGGAUCAGAGAUUCCUAGUUGGAGCUCUAAUGUUCCGACAGUGGCUGUGGAAGGAGUCUCAGUCCAACUAGUAGACUCAAUCACUCGUUCAAAAUGCUUGGUAGGAUACAGUUUUAUACUGGAUCCGAGACAGAUGUAUCUGUUCGAGGAUAGACUACCUGCUCUAUUGGAAGUAGCUGGUGCAAAGACAGCUUCAGUCGAAGAAUUUUGUUCAAAUAGCCAAGCUGUGGAUUGUGGAGGUAGAAGUAGGGCUGUAUGUGUUACCACUAAAGCAUCAGCCCACAAGUUUGAUGACAUCACUGAGCUUAGUUCAUAUUCUAGAGUGGACGAGAUGGAUCUGUUGUGUGCUAUUCUGUCUGGACAUCUAGAUCUGUCGGUGUUAACACAACCAACUGUGCAUGUAUCAUUGUCAUCCACCACGGAUGAGACAAUAGUAGCAGAUUCUGAUACAGAAGUAGAAGCUGAAAUGGCAACAUCAGUUCCUCCUGACGCCAAUAUUCUCAGCAGCAAAGUUGCUUCAGAAUCAGAGAACAAAGAGGCAUUAGCUCUGUUUAAUUGUACUGCCAAAAGAUUGGAGGAGACAUAUACUGUGCGCUCUGCACGUCAUGACGAUGCAAGCAUGACAACAAAAAUAGAAAAGGUUGAUUGUGACGAUGGAAAUGCAGAUAUCAUUUACAGCCAAGUAUUGAUAGUUAGAGGUUCGAAUUUAUCAGCUGCUGAAGCCAGUUCAGCUAAAGGAAGUGAAGUUCCAAACUUCAAAUGCUUCAGAAAGAAGUGUAUCCAGUCAGGGAAUAGCUUUAGCAAUCUGAUUCCAUUCUCAAGAGAUCCUUACAAAGAGUCCAGCUAUGAUAGUACAGAGGUCCAAGCGGCGUUGAAAGAAGAGAAAAAGCGAAAGCAAAUGGAAGCGGUUGCAGAGGACUUGUUUAACAAUGAAAGAGGAAAGAAGCGGGGCACGGCGGGUUCUAUUCAUGGUCUUCUCUCUCGUGCUCGUGCCCGUUGA